AUGCGGUUUAAAUAUUUUAAAACUUUGUUGGAAUCUCAGGACACUGACCAACCUAUUGCUGAUAUAAGUUGGUCGCCUAAUAAUGUAAAAUUAGCUGUGGCGACUUGCGAUAGGCUAAUUCUUCUCUUCGACGGAGAUGGGAUCCGACGAGACAAGUUUAGCACAAAACCCGCUGAUUCCGCAGCUGGAAAGAAAUCUUAUACGAUUACGAGUAUAGUGUUCAGUGAAAAUUCGGAGCUGCUAGGCGUGGCGCAGAGCGAUAACAUGGUGUUCGUUUAUCGGGUGGGUGCGGAUUGGAGCGGGAAAAAAGUUAUCUGUAAUAAAUUUCCUUUGACUGGAGCACCCUUGCAUUUAUUGCCCGCUGAGAACGGAUUUUUCACAGGAACCAGCGAUGGCAAGAUAAGGCAAUUAGACUGCAAAAGCAACAAGAGCUCAAGUCUCUGGUCAGCGGGCACGUGUUGUGUGUCGCUCGCUAGAAGCAGCGACGCGAGUGUAGCCUCCGGCCAUGUUGAUGGCACAAUCUAUUUGAAUGGCCGACUGCUUCUGCGGUACGCUUUGCCGCCAACUGUUUUGGUGUUUAUACCACCGUAUCUUUUGGUAGGAUCGUGUGACGGCAGGAUCGCGGUGUACGAAGCAACGCGCGGUGCUUUGUUGCGAAGUAUCGAGCCCACUUUGCCACCAGAUAGGAAGGACUUUGUAUCAGCCGCGCCUAGCCCGUCUGGACAGACGGUAGCAUUUGGCGUCUUCGACGGGUGUCUCAUAGGCGAGGUGAAGGAAUCUGGUACCGUAGAACUCAGCCCACUAAACAUCGGCAACUUGUACUCGACACGUGCGCUCGCGUGGAGCGGCGAUGGCACCAAACUCGCACUCGCUUCGCAGACUGGGGCUGUUAUAGUACUGGAAGCGGUACUUAGGUCCUGGGUAUGGCGCGACUCGGUGUCUGUACAACACGUGAGCGCGCGGCGAGUGCUGCUCACUCGCCUCGCUCGAGACGCACCACCACUCACUGUUACUUCCAACUAUGCGGAUAUUUAUACGGUUAAAUUUAUAGGUAAUGAUUGGUAUGCGGUAUGCCGUACAGCGAGCACAUUGAUAUUAUGUGAUAUAGCGCGGGGCUUAACUAGUGAGAUAACAUGGUCGGGUAGCGGGGAACGUAUAUACGCGGCGGUGGGCGGCGCGUGCUUGCUGCAUCGCGCGGGAGAACUCAGCGUGGUGGAGUACGGGCUUGAUAGAGUUCUGCAUACUGUGCGUACUGAGCGCGUAAACCCGCACGUACUGAGCGUGCGCAUCAACGAGCGGAGCGACAUAAGUGGAGAUAGGAAACAUCUCGCCUAUUUACUGGACAGGCAAACACUAGCCGUUGUCGAUCUUGUUACUGGUAUACAGUUAGGCCAAUGGUGGCACGAGGCACGAAUCGACUGGCUCGAGCUGAACGAAAGUGGUCACCUAUUGUUGUUCCGCGACACUCGCAGACGACUCGCCUUGUUGAAGCUGGAUAGUGGUGAUAAGGAAAUCAUAGCGAGCGGUGUGAGCUUCGUGCAAUGGAUCGAAAAUAGUGACGCAAUCGUGGCACAGACACCUACGCAUUUGUUGAUUUGGUACAGUGGAUGGGAAGCGAGUUGUGUAGAAAUGUGCGAGUGCAGCGGUGGCACAGUGGUCGAUGUGAGCGAUAUGCGAGUAUCGCUCGACGGUGGACUCGUGCCCUAUGUGCAGUUGGACGAACAUCGCUUAGCUUUUAAUAACGCGUUACGCAGUGGGGAUCUAUCGGGAUGUGCGCAAUAUUUAGACUCUGUCAGCAAUUCAGCUGAUUUGGCGCCAUUUUGGCGGCAACUCGCCGAACGCGCGCUUGCUAAACAGGAUAUUCAGUUGGCAGCGAAAUGUUACCGCGGCGUCGGCGACGACGCGAGGACGUUUUAUUUGGAUUCAGUUAUUGAGCUGGCUUCUGCUGAAGGAAAUGGCGAUGUUAAUGCUGGUGUAAACAGUCCUCUAGUGCAGGCUCGUUUAGCGAUAUUCUCUGGGGACCUCACCACAGCUGAAGAGUGGUACACGAAAAAAGCGAGCAAACCCGAAUUGGCGAUUAGUAUGUACAAACAGUUCAAUAAAUGGACAGAAGCUAUCGCCCUGGCUGAGAGGAUAGAUAGAACUGCUGUGGGUGCAUUGAAACAACAGUAUAUGGACUAUUUGAUUUCCACUGGCAGGGUGGGCGAAGCGGGUGCUGUGCUAGCCGCUAGCGGGGACGUAGUACAAGCUGUGCGGCUGUGGGUGCGCGCGGGGCGGGCGCGGCGAGCUGCGGCCGCGCUGCUGCAGCACCCCGCGCUGCUGCGGGACGACGAGCUGCUGCACGCCGUGCACGACCAGCUGGUGCAGGAAGAAUGGUGGGAAAUGGCUGGCGAAAUAUCGGAGAGGCGUGGUGAUAAUAAAACAGCCGUCGAGUACUACGCGAAAGGCAAUAACUACGCCAGGGCGGUACAGCUCGCCCGAGAAUCGUGUCCAGGGGAGGUGACGCGUCUAGAGGGCGAGUGGGGCGCGUGGCUCGUCGCCAGCCGGCGGGCCGCGGCCGCGGUUCCGCAUCUCAUAGAAGCGGGCCGCACCAGGGAAGCCCUGGCCGCGGCUAUCAAGGCGCACCAUUAUAAGAAGGCGCUGCAGAUUGUUCAGGUUAUUGACGACAAGGAUUCUAUUAAAGAAGAAUGUGAACAGCUUGGCGAGCAUUUUAUAUCGACUCAGGAGUGGGAAACAGCCGAACGCUUGCUCAUAUCAUGCGGUAUGAUAGAUCGAUGCGUACGCGCAUACAAUAACGCGGACAAAAUUAACGAAGGUUUGCGUGUGGCCACUGCACAUCUAUCUGAAGAUGAAACUAGAGAGAUUUACAUCCCGCUGGCUCAGCAGUUUAGAGAGGAAGGGCAGUUGAGGAAGGCUGAACAGAUUUAUAUAGGACUUGACGAUCCGGAUGAAGCUAUAUCUAUGUACAAGGAUGCAUCUCAAUACGAAGCGAUGCUACGCUUAGUAGCUGCUCAUCGUAGCUCGCUCGUAGAAGCUACGCGACGACACGUAGCACAAGCGCUACAAGCCGCGGGCGAUCUACGAGCCGCUGAAAACUAUUAUAUUCAAGCGGGCGACUGGAAGAGCGCGAUCCAGAUGUACCGGUCGGCGGGGCAGUGGGAGAGCGCGGAGCGGGUGUCGCGCGCGCACGGCCCCGCGGCGGUGCAGCAGCAGACGGCGCUGCAGUGGGCCGCCGCGCUGCCCGCGCCCGCCGCCGCGCGCCUGCUCGCCGCGCGCGGGCUCGCCGCGCUCGGCGCGCGCUGGGCGCUGCAGGCGCACAGGUGGGAUAUCGCCCUAGAGCUAAGUGAGCUGGGCGGAGGGAUAACAAAGCGCGAAGUUGCGCGGCACGAAGCGGCCGCGCUUGCGGAGGAGCAGCCCGAGGAGGCUGAGGUUGCGUUUCUGCGAGCGGCGGCACCGGAGGACGCGGUCAAGAUGUGGCUCAGUAGGGGUCAUCAUCAGAGGGCGUUGGUGUUGGCUGAACAGCACGCUACUCAUAUGGUUGAGGAAGUAUUAUUGGAAGGGGCUCGUGCGGCCGCGGAGCGUGGCGACUUGCAGCAGUUCGAGACGCUCAUGAUACGCGCCAACCGGCCGCGGGAAGUUGUGCAGCAUUACAAGCAAUUGGAGCUGUGGGAGGAGGCAUCGCGCGUGUCCCGCGAGUACCUGCCCGACAGCGCGGAGCAGGUGCCGCCCGCCGUGCCGCCGCUGCUGCAGCGCGCUGCCGACCACGCGGACCGCGGUGAAUGGUGGGACGCGGUGCGUCUACUAGUGGGAGCUAGCGCGGCAGCGGCGACUAGCGGCGCGACGCGUCUGUCGGAGCGCGCCGCGCUGCGUGCCGCGAGACUGGCGCGCGACCGCCUCGCGGGGGACGAGCGGCGCGCUGCCGCCGACAUGCUCGCCGAGCGAUUUGAUGCAAUCGGACAAAGUGAAGUCGGGGAACAGUUGCGUGCUGCGCUACUCGACGGAGUGGAAGAUGCGGAGCCAGGUACAUCGAAGUCAUACGAAGAGGAAGAAUCAGCGGCCGAUGUUAAAGAGCCAGAACUGGAUAUAGAGCGCUCAGCACUUGAGAAGCUCUGCGCGGCGGGCCAGUGGCAGCGCUGUCUCGCGCACGCGGCGUCUCGCGCGCCGCACUACGCGCUGCGCUACGCCGCGCACUUGUUCAACGCGCACGCGCGUUUAGAAGGCGUUGACAUCGAAAGUGAAGAUAUACCAGAAGCGUUGUCCCAAGUGAUUGAUACUUUACGACAGUAUCUCAUACUGGAUAACGCAUUGGAAACCAUAACGAGCAGUGACGCUAAUUUAGCUAAAGCUGUGUGCAGCGAGUUGUUGGUGCGAGUGUCGUUGGCGCCCAAAGCGUUCUCUGUGUUGAAAGUAGCCGCGGAAAUAAUGGUCGCUGCGGGAGCGGAGGAAAGGGUUAUUGAGGCGAUUACGUUGUUGAUGGGACUACACGUGCCUCAAAUCGCAUCGAAAGUGGCGCGCGCUUUACCGCGGUACACCGAUAUUAUUGUGGCUGAUGUUGCAUUCUACGCAGCGGGAGUAGCGAUACGUGAAGAAGGAAGCAACGGAGCCCGCGAGGCUUUCGUGUUUCUCAACCAUUGCUUGGAUCUGGCGGAGGCUGCGGAUGAAGAUAACGCGCAUCUCUUGGACUAUACCGAUUUUGAGUGCACGGACUGGUCGCGCAGUCCGCUGCUGGCGGAGCGCGGCGCGGUGCGCGGCGACGCGCUGCUCGCGCUGCGCGACUGGGUGCUCGCGCUCUCCAUGGACCGGGCCGUCGAACAGACGCUGCCCGUAGACGCUAGCGGUGCGUACGUGUCGCGAGCACGCGCGGGCGAGCCGCCCUGCGUGCUCACCGGACACCCGCUAGCCAACAGACUCGUCACCUUCACUAACGGUCGUUGCGCAAACCGCGAGUGGUGGUCGCGCGUGUCUCAAGCGGCGCGCAAUGGACACGCGAUAGCGUCAACGGUGUUGCAACAUAUCACCAAAUGGUGUGGACCUGCUGACUUUUCGCACAUUUAA